AUGGCCACCGAGCGUGAAAGCAAGACCUUCCUGGCCCGCCUCUGCGAGCAGGCCGAGCGCUACGAUGAGAUGGUCACCUACAUGAAGGAGGUGGCUAAGCUGGGCGGAGAGCUCACUGUUGACGAGCGUAACCUCCUCAGCGUCGCCUACAAGAACGUUGUCGGCACCCGACGUGCCUCGUGGCGCAUCAUCUCCUCGAUCGAGCAGAAGGAGGAAUCUAAGGGCUCCGACAAGCACGUCUCUACCAUCAAGGAUUACCGCAACAAGAUCGAGACCGAGCUCGAGAAGGUCUGCCAGGAUGUUCUCGAUGUCCUCGACGACUUCCUCAUCCCUAACGCUGCCACCGGCGAGUCCAAGGUCUUCUACCACAAGAUGAAGGGUGACUACCACCGUUACCUCGCUGAAUUUGCCUCUGGUGAGAAGCGCAAGGGUGCUGCUACCGCUGCCCACGAUGCUUACAAGAGCGCUACCGAUGUUGCCCAGACUGAGCUCACUCCAACUCACCCUAUCCGUCUGGGUCUCGCUCUCAACUUCUCCGUCUUCUACUACGAGAUCUUGAACUCCCCCGACCGUGCUUGCCACCUUGCGAAGCAGGCCUUCGACGAUGCUAUUGCCGAGCUCGACUCCCUCUCUGAGGAGUCUUACCGUGAUAGCACCCUGAUCAUGCAGCUCCUCCGAGACAACCUCACCCUCUGGACUUCUAGCGACAGCGCUGAGGGCGAGGCCGCUGGUGCUGCCGAUGCCCCCAAGAAGGAGGAGGGCGAGGCUACCAAGCCCGCUGAGCCUGCCGCCGCCCCUGCUGGGGAGCCUGCGCCUGCUGCUGCCUCCUAA